AAAUUCUUUGCUCCGUGUCAAUUGAGAUUUUUGGAUAUGCAGCGCAAGGUAGUUGAAUGAAGUUGAGCAAAUGGCAAGCACACAAAAAUCAGUUCUUGGAACAUGGAAAAUUAGAUGUAUCUUUCAUUUCAUUGUGGCCUUCCUCCUCAUAGCAUUGGUAGUUGCUUCUCUUUAUUCAAUGGGGGGAAAUAAACUCUUCCUGGAACAGCAGAUGACACCUACUGAUUCUACUCAGUUCUGUGAUUUUUUUUCGGGCAAAUGGAUUUAUGAUAACAUAUCUUAUCCUCUGUACAAGGAGAAACAAUGUUCUUUCGUGGAGGAUGCCUUUGCAUGUGAGAAGUAUGGUAGGAAGGACUUGGAAUAUCAGAAAUGGCGAUGGCAACCACAUGAUUGUGACCUUCCAAGGUUCAAUGCUACUGCAUUGAUGGAGAAGUUAAGGGGGAAAAAGCUUGUGUUUGUAGGUGAUUCCUUGAGUCGAAACCAAUUUGGGUCGAUGCUGUGCCUAAUUGAGCCAUCGAUCCCUCCAUCAUCAUCUAAAUCAUUGAUCCUGAAAGGCAACUCCUUCAUCUUUAAUUUCACUGACUAUAAUGCGACGAUCGAAUUCUAUUGGUCUCCUUAUCUGGUUGAAUCUAACUGCGAUGAAAUACUAAACCAUCGGAUACGGGAUCGUAUAAUUAAUAUUAAAGCAAUUGAAAAGCAUUCUAGGCUUUGGACAGAUGCAGACAUACUCAUAUUUGAUUCCUUUGCAUGGUGGCUGCAGCCAAAAGCAACACUUCUAUGGGGAUCAUUUGGAAGUUCUGAUGCAAUCUAUAAAGAAGUCAGGAUGAGGCCGCGUUUCUUUGAAAUGGCUUUGAACACAUGGUCAGACUGGUUAGAAAUCCACAUUAACAGAACUAGAACGAAGUUGUUCUUCAUGAGCCUCUCACCUUAUCACCCUUUAGGUGAAGAUUGGGGCAAGGAUAGAGGUCAAAAUUGCUACAAUGAAACUGAGCCAAUUUUGAAAAAGAGUCACUGGGGAAGUUCAACAGAUCGUGGAAUGAUGCAGAUAGUAGAAUCAGUAAUCAACGAGCUCGAAAUGAGAGGUUUGAAGGUACAAUACCUCAAUAUUACUCAGAUGUCUGAUUACAGGAAAGAUGCUCACCCUUCUAUCUAUAGGGAGUUUUGGAUGAAUAUAACUGAAGCACAAUUAGCAAACCCCGCAAGCUAUUCAGAUUGUGGUCAUUGGUGCCUUCCAGGUGUUCCUGAUGUUUGGAAUGUGAUUCUUUACUCCUACAUUAUGCAUUCAUAACAGUUCAUUUAUUACAAGAGCCACAAAAAUUUAUAAUGUGUUGUAUAAGCCUUUUACUGAUUUGAUUCUUGAAAACUAUAUGUCUCCAGCAU